GACUCAGUCGAGGGUGCUUGAGCCAGUGACCACAGACUAGGAGACCAACUGAAGCUGGAUACACGCUGUGGAUACCGAGGGAUCUAGAACAACUACUUCUUCUUCAACCCCACCCCAAAACUGCUCUGGGAUUACAAAUUUUAGGACCAUGUCUGCUAACAACAGCUGCCAAUCAACUGGCCACAUACCAAGAACUCCCCAGAGCCAGGUCUGCCAAUCCACUCAUCGCCUUUGUUGCACCCCCAUCUACCUCAUAAGCAACUUCUGUGUCCAUCCGUCUCUGGAUGACUGCAGCUGGAUGGGUGAAGGUAUCAACAGUAACGAGAAGGAGACCAUGCAGAUCUUGAACGACCGCCUUGCUAACUUCCUGGAAAAGGUGCGAAUGCUGGAACGAGAGAACGCUGAACUGGAGUGUAGAAUCCAGGAAGAGUGUGACAAAGAGCUCCCUGUCCUGUGUCCUAAUUACCUGUCCUACUACACCACCAUCGAGGAGCUCCAGCAGAAGAUCUUGUGUACCAAGGCUGAGAAUUCCAGGCUGGUCUCACAAAUUGACAACACCAAACUGGCUGCAGAUGACUUGAGAGCCAACUAUGAAGCUGAGGUGUCCCUACGCCAGCUCGUGGAGGCCGACGCCAACAGCCUACGGAAGAUCCUGGAUGCACUGACCCUGAGUAAGGCUGACCUGGAGGCGCGAGUGCAGUCUCUGAAGGAGGAGCUACUCUGCCUCAAAAACAGUCACCAAGAGGAUAUCAACUCCUUAUGGGGGCAGCUUGGGGAUAGACUCAACAUUGAAGUAACUGCAGCCCCUUCUGUCGACAUAAACCAGAUUUUACAAGAAAUGAGAUGUCAGUAUGAGUCCAUCAUGGAGACAAACCGUAAAGAUGUGGAACAAUGGUUCAACACCCAGAUGGAGGAGCUGAAUCAACAAGUGGUGACCAGCUCUCAACAGCAGCAGUGCUCCCAGAAGGAAAUCGCAGAACUGAGACGUACUGUGAAUGCUCUGGAGGUGGAACUACAGGCCCAGCACCGAAUGAGAGAUUCCCAGGAAUGCAUCCUGACAGAGACUGAGGCCCGCUACACGACCCUGCUGGCCCAGAUCCAAAGUCUGGUCCAUAACCUGGAGGCUCAGCUGGCAGAGAUCCGCAGUGCCCUGGAAAGACAGAACCAGGAAUAUGACAUUCUGCUGGAUAUUAAGUCCCGGCUGGAGUGUGAGAUUGCCACAUACCGCAGCCUUCUGGAGAGCUCAGACUGCAAGCUUCCCUGUAACCCGUGUGCCACCCAAUGCAAGCCUUCCACUUGCACAUCCUCCAAGCCCAGCACCGUGGAAUGCACCGCCCCAGUUUUCACAUCCUCAGCCCCUAAUGGGAUACUCAAGCGGUACAACGUCUGUGGACCCCCGUCCCGGAUACUGGUUAAAAUAUGCACCAUCACCAAGGAGAUUCAGGAUGGGAAGGUCAUUUCUUCUCAUGAACAUGUGCAGCCUUGCUUCAUCCCCAGACUUGCCAAAGUCUAACGGCCCAAGGGGAUGCAAAGGACCCCCAUUCAUGAGAGAAAGGCCAAUACCUGCUCCUGCCAGAGAGGUUUAAGAACUCCCCAGGCCCUUAAGGUACUUAGUCUCUUACUACUACAGCGGGUCGCCAUCACUAGAUAGAGUGUCUUUUAUUCCACUCCUUCCCUAAGUCGCUGCUGCCAACGUGAUAAUAAAUUACAUUUCUCUGGUAGGACAUUUUGCAUUCAUCUGAAGGGUGGGAAUGGAUUAGCCAGUUCCUCGGGGAAGAUGGCCUAUGAUGCUUGACUCCCCAGGUGUUGAACUGGCAGGUUUUUCUUUUGUUUACUCAGGCCUUAUUUACUUAUGUGCCUCCUUGGAGCCAGUCAGACAAGUUCCAGGAUUGUUUUUGGCCAUUGGCACACUAAGGUGAAAAGCUACAACCUUCCCUUCCAAGCUCCUUUUGUGGCUAUAGAAAGAAGCCUAUACAAAAACAGAGUAAAUAAGGAAAAAAAUAUCUUUGAUGUUUAGUUUCCUUGAAUAGAUAAUCACAGGUCCUGUUGAACUCUGCUGCCUCAGUUUUUUGUUUAUAGGUACUGACAUACUUGACCCUCCCCAGGAAAUUUUUGAAGAUGUCCAUGUUCUCUAAAACUUUGUGAACCAUUAGGCUCUUCUCCAAAUAUUUUCUUUGAGAAUCAGAAAUAGUUAUGGGGAAUGAAUGAAUCUAGAGCUAUUUCUUCAAAAAUAAUUUUGAAGAAACUGGGUCCUUUCGUUAAAUGUUUACUCUUUCUCUUUCUAUUCUUUAGGGAAUGGGAGUUUGAUCUGAUUGUUUGAGAAGGGCCAUGUAGCUGGAUCUCUCAAGACAUAACCCCCGAUGGGUGAUCAUGAAAAAAUAGCUUAGAUUCCUGCUUCAAUCUAUCCAUCAGAGAUAAAUGGACUUGAUAUUCACAAGCUUUGCAGAAAAUCAAUAGUGAAUCAUUGCUACUUGAAAGCACCAGGGAACCCCACUGUGAGAAGGUAUUAUUUAUGUACUAGCCAGUACCAUAGCUUCUUAACAGCAGAGCUCAGAGUAUGUAAAUCAUUCCCUGCAAAAAUGAGACGUUUUUGGAGGUUUUAGCAAAUAAUUCCAAAUCAAACAUAUAAUGGGGAGCCCAAAGGCCUUGUGUUCUAAACUUGCCAUUUCCCAACUGUGACCCUGCACAGUUUAGAUUCAUUUCCUAGAGAAAGAAAUUGCCUACUUCACAGGGCUGUUGUGAAGAGCAAAUGAAAUUGUUUAUGUAAUACUGCUGUUUGAUGAAAAGCACUAGACAAAUGUGAUCUUAAAUAAGCUUUGCUAUUAGCUACAGCUCUGGACAUAAUUUUAUUCAUUAUUAUCUUCUUAAAAUUGUUUCUUCAUGAAUUAUUUAUCCAGUCAUGAUUUGAGAGUUUUAAUAGUGUUUAGCUUCGGAGGGUGGGGGACAAAACAAGAUGUCUUGUGAUCAUGCCUACAAUUCUACUCAAUAAAGCAUUUUUUAAAUUCUUAGGGUAAGUAUCAGAUGUCAGUUGAUGCCUGGUGCCCACAUCAAAGAUGUUUACAGUAACUCACAGCUCAGAGAUUUACUUCCUCCAGACAAGUAGCAACUCACACUAACCUAGUGGAAUGCAGAAUUCCCAGAAUGGACUCUUUUCUAUUGAUGAUUUCUCAUCCAAAUGAGCAAAGUACCUCCAGUCAGCACUUAAGUGCAUAUUAUCUCAGACUACAGGAUGGAAAUAUGGAAAAGAGCCAAGAACUUGAACUAGAAACCAUGGUACAGAGUCUCAACCCAUUUUGUAUGUAUGAUCUUGAGUAAAACGAACUUUACAACCUGGGCCCCAUCUAAAAAGUGGCUGAUAGGAUUAAGUGGGAUAAUGACAGAAUAUUGCAAAGUGGUGGUGCUAUGCAGAAAGCAGUCCUUAUUCCCUAAAUUAAAAGCCAGACAUAUGUCAUUUCCAUCCAUCUUCCUCCUUUCUAAGCAUUGCAAGCCAGGUGGAUCCUGAUACAUACCAUCAACACUUACUGGAAAACUAAUUGGCAAGAGGUCAGAGCUGCUCAACCUGCUUUGAGCUUCUGAUCCCAACUAGAUAGAAGGGUCAGUGGACUCAGGCUAACCUUAGGCUGAUGCAGCAAUGCCAUUAUCAGUUCAUCCC